AAUCUCAUUGUAACUUACUUUUUUCUCUCUUGCUCUCUUUCACACAUAUGCUCUCUUUCUCUCUCUCUCUCACUUCCUGUGAAACUGCCAGGCCAACUCAGUGGUUUUCUUCUGUCUCUGUGUUUUCUCACUGUGCGCUCUGCUGAACACCUCCAGCUGCUGACCUCUAUGCUCGCCUCCUUCCUCCCUACUUGCCUCCUCUCUGCUGCAGACCCACCAGACGUCAGGGAACAAAAUCAACCAUCCGCACCAGAUCUGGAAAUCUAUGGGCCCCCUAGUUAAAUCCCUGGGGUAAUGCAGAGCUGCUGUUCUUAGAAAUGAAGCUGUGAGACGUGUUCGGUGUGGUAGAUGUCUCUCUUCGCCAUGGCAGAAGCUCUGCCGAAGUACUACCACGGCGACAUCAGCAAGAAGCAGUGCGAGGAUCUGCUGGAAAAGAAGAACAAGGAUGGAGCCUACCUGAUCCGAAACAGCGAGACCAUCCAGGGAGCCAUGUGUCUGUGUGUUUAUAAACAGAGGGUGGUGUAUACCUACAGACUGCUGAAGACACACACUGGACACUAUACUCUGAUGACAGCUGGAGGUUUCGAUGAGACAUUUUUUAAGACUUUGGACGAUCUGAUCCGUCACUAUAAAAGGAGGAACCAGGGCCUGGCCAUACACCUGCGCCACUCCGUCAAAAGGAAGACGGCCAUGUUGAUCAGGCCCCCGGAACCAUGUGAACAGUCACCGGGGAAGCAGGUGUCUUUACCUGAAGAAGACCAUGACUAUGAGAAUGUCCCUGACUCAUCUGAAUACGUCGAAGUCUUGCCUACCUGAACAACUCUGACUUUGACAUUUAGCAUCAAACAAGAAAAGUCUGAACUAUGGGCGGUUGAAAAAGGUUCACAGACUCGAUUAUACUCAAGUAAGGAACUUGGACAAAUGGACAUGUGCUGAAGAACAGAGCUCUUCAUCUGCUUGUACUCCUGUAAUUAUCUGUUUUCCCCUGUUUUUAGCCGUGCUAGCAGUGUGGCUCUAUGGAUGUUGGUCAGUCCAGCUGUCCACUACUGUGGACAUUCAUUGUGAGCACAUUAGCAUGCUAAUGUUAGCAUUUAGUUCAAAGCAUCACUGUGCCUAAAGCUUUGUGGCUUUGUGGCUAGUGUGUGGGAGCUUUUUCUCUUUAGCUGCCGGUAAUGAGCAGUAACACGUGAUCUUUUUUACGGCUGCUGUGAGACACUGGCUUUCAGCUAUGGUGUGAUAACAAAUCUAAAACAAAAAUGAUCAAAGGACUCUUUACAUGUCUGAUCUGAUGCUAAAAUGAGCACCUAGGAGGACGCAUCCUAAACUGAUAGGUUCAGAACAUUUUGACAACUGCGUGGACUCAACUGAUCAUUUGCAUAUGACACAUCCAAAAUGUGAAUGUAUGUGUGCGUGUGGAAACUCUUGACCUAUUAAAGCUUGUUGCAAAUGUACUCAUGUAACAAAUAAUCAGCCAUCAAGUCAUCCAAGUGAAGGACAGUUUCAGUAUUUCUCAGCCCUAGACUGUUUAUCAUUAUCAUUAAUACCCAUGCAGAGCACAAUUUUUUACGUUUUUAAAUUUAGGAACCACUUUAACCAUCUGCAGCUUCUAACUGAUCUUAAACACAAUCCAAUAGGUUUAGUUUAAUGUAGAAACAUAAAACUAACAGAACAGCCACAUAUUUGUAUUUGUUGUAACUAUCAAACCUCGCAUUCUUUCAGAUCUUACUUAUGUCGUAUGGCAAGGUGCUAUAUGCAGUUAUGUGGACCCAAAAGCAGAUGACAAGGAAGCGGUCUCAGGGUGAAGUAGCCGGAUGACUACCAAGUUUAUUGUGGGGUGGAAUGCAGGCAUGUACAGGUAGAGGUGAAAGCAGGGGAGUGAGUCCAAGGUGGAAAAACACAGUUCACAAAGAAGCAGCCAAAAUCCAAGAUCCAAAACCACAAAUCCAAAAUCACAAAUCCAAAAUCCAAAAAUCCAAACAAGGGCCACAGGAGAACAAAGAAUCCAAUACAAACUUACAGUCAAGGCUAGGCAGGACCAACACCAUGUGUACAACAAUGAUCCGACACAGAACAAAGAAAAGACCAAGACUAAAUACCCAAGGGGAGGUGAUAUAACAAGACACAGGUGCCAACAAUCAAGGGAGG